AUGUCAACACCUAACCAAUAUCCUAAAACGAAUAUUGUCAAACUCAAUCCACCUUCAACAUCAACAGCGAUGAGAGAUAACAAUAGUGCUGAUGGAAAAUCCAAUAACAAUAACGAUCAUCAUCAAAAUAAUAAUAAUAAUAAUACGACGUCAUCAACUGGACCAACAUCGUCUAUAUCUGCCACACGUUUACAGUCAAGUAAAAUGCGUAGCGAUCCUAAUGAACCACAUAUUGGCAAAUAUCGCUUUAGCAAGACCAUAGGUAAAGGUAAUUUUGCUAAAGUUAAAUUAGCUCGACAUAUUCCAACUGGUCGUGAAGUUGCUAUAAAAAUUAUUGAUAAAGCUCAACUUAAUCCAACAUCAUUACAAAAGUUAUUUCGUGAAGUUAAAAUAAUGAAAGGACUCGAUCAUCCAAAUAUUGUUAAACUUUUUGAAGUAAUUGAAACCGAAAAAACUCUUUAUCUUGUUAUGGAAUAUGCAAGUGGAGGUGAAGUAUUUGAUUAUCUUGUUGCUCAUGGUCGUAUGAAAGAAAAAGAAGCAAGAUCAAAAUUUCGACAAAUUGUUUCUGCUGUUCAAUAUCUUCAUCAAAAACAUAUUGUUCAUCGUGAUCUUAAAGCUGAAAAUUUAUUACUUGAUGCAGAAUUAAAUAUAAAAAUAGCUGAUUUUGGUUUUAGUAAUGAAUUUACACCAGGAAGUAAAUUAGAUACAUUUUGUGGUAGUCCACCAUAUGCUGCACCAGAAUUAUUUCAAGGAAAAAAAUAUGAUGGACCUGAAGUUGAUGUUUGGAGUUUAGGUGUUAUUUUAUAUACACUUGUUAGUGGUUCAUUACCAUUUGAUGGACAAAAUCUCAAAGAAUUACGUGAACGUGUUUUACGUGGUAAAUAUCGAAUACCAUUUUAUAUGUCAACUGAUUGUGAAAAUUUAUUAAAAAAAUUUCUUGUUUUAAAUCCAACACGACGUUCUGCUCUCGAAAUAAUUAUGAAAGAUAAAUGGAUAAAUAUUAAUUAUGAGAAUGAUGAAUUAAAACCAUAUGAAGAACCAAGUCAAGAUUUUAAUGAUAAUUAUCGAAUUGAAACAAUUUUACGAGAUGGUAGUUAUUCUCGAGAACAAAUAAUUGAUUCAAUAACAUCUCGUAAAUAUGAUGAUAUAAUGGCAUUUUAUCUUCUUCUUGGUCUUCGAGCAACUGAAUCUGAUGUAUCAGAAAAUCUAUCUAUUCAAACAUCAAAUACUAAAAGUGUUACAGAUACUUCAAAUAUUCAAUCUUCAUUAGCAUCAAAAAUUGUAUCAUCAAGUACACGACCAUCAACAGCAAAUGAUAAAGAAAAUCUUCCAUCUAUUGAUAAAACACAUCGACCAUCAACAGCAAUAGCAACAACAACAACACCUAUAACUAAUGAUCAUUCAUUAGUUAAUGGUACAACAAUAAAUGGUGUUCCAAAUUCUUUACUUCCAUCUGGAAGUAUUGAUACAUCAUCAUCAAAUAAUAAUGCAUCUAUUAUAACAAAAACUAAUAUAAAUAGUGGACAAAUACUAUCAAAUGUUAUUCCAAAUCGUGCAAAUACAACAACAGAAAAAUUUCGUGCACAAACUGUUCGUUUACCAAAUGCAAAUGUUCGUCGAAGAGAUACAUUUGAACCUGGAUCAAAUGAUACUGGAUCUAUAAAAAAAGUCGAACCAAUUAAUAAUAAUGACAAAACAAAACCUGUAAAUUCAGGAGAACCUAUAAUUAAUGAAAAUCGUAUGCCUCGUUUUGCUCCAAGUUUUAAUCGUACUGCUAUUGAACCGUCAUCAUCUCAAGCACCACAUCAUAUUACACGUGGACCAUUACGUGAAACAUAUAAUCCAAAAUCUGCAAGUUUAUCUGCAACUAGUUCAUCAUCAACACAACAACAGCCACCAACAUCAAAAAUUCCAGAAAAACUUAAAUCUAGAAAAACAUCAGCUGUUGCAUCAUCAUCAUCGACUACUAAUGAGUCUAGUGAAUUGAUUCGAAUGUAUUCGAAUCAACAUCAACCAUAUAAUUUCAAUGCUAUGACAGUACAAGCUUCAACUACUACAACCAACACACAACUUGCAUCUACGACUAACACACGUGCUGGUAGUGGUAAUGAUGGUGUAUCAUUGAAUCGCUCUGCACCUGAUCGUAAAACUAUACAUAAUAUUCCUACACGUCAACAUUAUCCAACAACAAAUACAUCAGCAACUACUGGUGGAUUUAAUACUGAACAUCGAGCAUCAACACGAAAUCCGCAUAGUAGUACAAUGGCUAAUACUGAUACAAAUAAUCGUUAUCAACAUGGAGCAAUGAUGUCGAGUACAACAAACAGUGGAGCUCAAUCAUUUCUAAGCAAGCUUUCAUCUAAAUUUGCACGAAGAAAAUCAAUUCGUGAACCAGCUACACCAACGACAGCAUCUGGAGGUACUAUUGGAAGUAGUAUGACUGGUAGUACAGCAAGUGCAUCAUCAUCUUAUCGUCGUCCAGCAGAUUUAAAUAAUACGAGUAUGACAACAAGUACAGCAGGAAAUACAACAAAUGAUAAUCUAGCUGUUGGUGGUGGUGGUGGUGGUGUAGGAGAUAUAAAACCACGUUCACUUCGUUUUACAUGGUCAAUGAAAACAACAAGUUCAAUGGAUCCAGCUGAUAUGAUGAAAGAAAUUCGAAAAGUUCUCGAUAUAAAUAAUUGUGAUUAUGAACAAAGAGAAAAAUUUCUUUUAUUAUGUGUACAUGGUGAUCCAAAUACAGAUUCAGUUGUAUCAUGGGAAAUGGAAGUAUGCAAAUUACCACGUCUAUCAUUGAAUGGUGUUCGAUUUAAACGUAUAUCAGGCACAUCAAUUGGUUUUAAAAAUAUUGCGAAUAUUUCUUCAAUCAUGUUAUCUACAUCAUCACAACAACAACAACAUCUUUUUUCAAGUUAUCGUACAUUAGGUUUAGUUACUAAUCAUGUACCAUGUAUACUACGUAUACAUCAACGUCAUUCAUCUCAUUUACUUUUAACAGCUAUAGGAAAAGUAUUUCAUGCUUAUCGUCUUAAUACACUUCAAGUCUUACUUGUUAGUGAUGCUCAUCCUGAUGAUAUACAAGUACUUGCAUCAAAUAGUCGUUUAGUAUUUGUUGCUGUUAAUUCAACAAUAUAUAUUUAUCGUCGUGUAUAUCAUCUAUAUCAAACAUUAACUGAACAUAACGGUAAUAUUCAACAUUUAUUACCAUUUGGUGAUGAUCAUAUAAUUAGUGUUGAUGAAUCUAAUACAUUACGUGUAUGGGAUAUACAAUCAGCAAGUAUUUAUUUAUUACUUGAAUUUAAUAUAAAAAAUUUUCAUAUAACAAAUUUACUUCAUCCAGCAACAUAUGUUAAUAAAUUACUUUUAGCAUCACGUCAAGGUACAAUGCAAUUAUGGAAUAUAAAAUCAAAUAAAUUAUUACAUGAAUUUUUUUCGCAUGAUACAAAUUUAAAUUCAAUAACUAUACUAACACAAUCAACUGUUGUUGAUGUUAUUGCUAUUGGUUAUAUUAAUGGACAAAUACGUUUACAUAAUAUACGUUAUAAUGAAACACUUGUAACAUUUACACAAGAUUUUAAUGGACCAAUAACAUCAAUUUCAUUUCGUCUUGAUAAUAUUCCACAUAUGGCAACUGGAUCAUCAACAGGACAUAUUUGUAUAUGGAAUUUAGAUACAUGUCAUUUAAUAAGUCAAGUACGACAUGCACACAAACAAUGUUCAAUAGCUGCACUUCAUUAUAUACCAGGUGAACCAUUAUUAAUAUCAAAUGGUAAUGAUAAUGCAUUACGUGAAUGGAUAUUUGAUAUGCCUGAUGGAAGAUCAUGCCGUUUAUAUCGUGAACGUUGUGGACAUUCAAAAUCACCACGUUGUAUUCGUUUUCAUGAUAAUGAUAUAAUAAUUUCAGCAGGUAAUGAUGGACGUUUACGAACAUUUCAUACAAUACUUGAUAAUCUAUCACGAUGUUUUGGUCGUACAACACGUUAUAAAUGGGAAAUGGAAUUAAAUGAAAAUGAAAAUGAUGAAGAUAAUGAAGAUUCUGAACAACCAUUACCUAUUAUUGAUUUACGUUGUGAAACAAUUAAAGAAAAUGAUUGGGACGGUAUUAUUGCUAUACAUGAAAAACGACGACGUAUAUCAGCUUGGAAUUAUAUUCGUGCAACACGUAGUCAACAUCGUUUUGAACAUGAAAGAUUUGCAACAAAAAUUUAUCAUAAUAUAGAAGUUAAUGCAACUUGUUGUGAUAUAAGUCCAUGUGGAAAUUUUUGUGUUAUUGGAUAUUCAACUGGACAUAUUGAUAUGUUUAAUAUGCAAUCGGGACUUUAUCGUGGAUCAUUUGAUGAUGGUCCAAUAAAAUAUUCUUCAAAAAAUCCUCAUAAACGUUUAAAAUCAUCUCCAUAUGCUACAGCACAUUCAUUUGCUUUAUGUGGUGUUUCAUUUGAUUCACUUAAUACUCGUCUUAUAUCAUGUGAUAUAAAUGGAAAUAUUAAAUUAUGGCGUUUAAAAACCAAAAUUCUUCUAUCAUCAACAUCAAUUAUUAAUAAUGAUAAUUCAAAUACAAAUAUUCAUAUAACUAAAAUGAUUGUACAUCGUGAUAGUGGUCUUAUAUCAAUUGCAUUUAAUAAUUAUACAAUAAAAAUUUAUGAUUAUGAUACAAUGAAUUUUAAAUGUAUACGUACAUUUAUAAAUAAUACUCAUACAAAUGAAAUAACAUCAUUAAUAUUUAUGCCUGAUGCACGUUGGUUAUUAACAACAUCAUUAGAUAAAACUAUGCGUAUAUGGGAUAUACCAAGUGGACAAUUAAUUGAUAUUAUGGAAUUUGAUCAAGCUAUAACAACAUUAGCUAUUAGUCCAAAUGGUGAUAUGUUAGCAACAGGACAUACAGAUGCAUUAGGUAUUUAUUUAUGGUCAAAUCGAAUAAUGUAUGAUAAUUCAAUAAUAAAUUUAACAACAAAUGAUAUUGAUAAUCAACAAUUAUUAGUUGGUGAUUUUCAAUCACCAGAACAAAUAUCAAAAAAUUUAAUAACACUUUCAUCAUUACCAGAAUCAAAAUGGAAAAAUUUAUUAGUACUUGAUACAAUACGUCAACGUAAUAAACCAAAAGAAUCAAUAAAUAUACCUAAACAAGCACCAUUUUUUUUACCAACUGUAUCAAAUUUACGUGGAUUUGUUUUUAUUAAUCCUGAUGAUGAAAAUAAAUUAAAAAUUAAAGAUAAAAAACAAACACAUAUUCAUCAAACACAACAAUUUCUUUAUCAAUCAUCAUUAACAAAUUUACUUGAUCAUCAAAAAACAAAUUCAACAUUAUCAAAUGAUAUUAUUCAUCUUUUAAAAGAUUUUGGUAUGGCUAAAAUUGAAUAUGAAUUAAGAUGUUUAUCACCUGAACAAGGUGGUUCAUUAGAACGUAUGUUAAUAUUUAUUGAUAUACUUAAUCAAGAAUUUGAUAAUAAACAAAAUUAUGAUUUAAUUAGUUCAUAUUUAGCACUUUUUAUACAAUUACAUGGAACAAAUCUUAUAUGGAAAAAUGAUAAAUUAAUAGAAAAAAUUCAAAAUAUUCAAUUAAAACAAAAAGAAACAUGGCUUAAUAUACAACGACAAUUGAAUACAUCAAUUGCACUGGUUAAAGAUGUUAAAUCAUUCGAUUCAUCAUGUGAACAUUCAUUUAUAAGUGAUAUAAGUCAACGUCAAUCUGUUAUAAAAUUAGCUGAUGAAAUUUUUUCUCGUAAUCAAACAUAUCCAACAAUAAUUGUUAAUGCAGCUGGUAUAACACGAGAUGCAUUAUUAUUAAAAAUGCGUGAGGAAGAUUUUGAUGAUGUUAUUCGUAUUAAUUUAAAAGGAACAUUUCUUAUCAAUCAAAUUUUUUCACAACGUUUAUUGGCACAAAAAUCUACAGACUUAAAAGCAAGUAUUAUAAAUAUAUCAAGUAUUGUUGGAAAAUAUGGUAAUAUUGGUCAAUGUAAUUAUACAGCAUCAAAAGCAGGUGUUGAAUCAAUGACAAAAUCUAUGGCAAAAGAAUUAGGACAUAAUGGUAUUCGUGUUAAUACAAUUUUACCAGGUUUUAUUCAAACACCAAUGACUGAUAAAGUACCUGAUAAAAUUAAAGAAAAAUUAUUAAGUGCUAUUCCAAUGGGUCGUAUGGGUACAACGGAUGAAAUAGCUCAAGUUUGUCUAUUUCUUGCUUCAAAUAAAAUGAGUAGUUAUGUUAAUGGUGCAAGUAUUGAUAUUACUGGAGGAAUUUGA